AUGAGCAACGUGAGUGCAUCAUUGCGUGUGCGUCAUCCAACACACCCUCCACCGCCGAUGCAGCAGCAGCAGAGAAUGCACCACCACCGCUUGCUGCUGAACACAUCCCCCAACCAACCAACCCAUCGCCCGCUGCUGCUGCUGGCGGGAAGCUGGCUGCCUGCUGCUGGGAACAGGUGCCGACAGGACAAGUUGCAUUUUCGGCUGGAACCAGCAGAGGAUGAGGGAAAUGUCAAGGAUACUUGUCACGCGUGCCAAGUGUACUCGCCUCACACAUGGUAUGAGCAGCUGUGGACACACACGUCCAUGGUCAUAGCGGGCACAUCCAACCACAGCGACGCAGUCAUCUCCGCUGUCACCGCCAUCACCGUCACCAUCGCCAUCGACUGCACAGCCGCCAUCACACGCCGGCCGACAACGGCCCCAAUCUGGCGUGAGGCAGACAUUGCACAUGUCAGUCGCUCUGAUGAAGAGCAACAGCUGAUGUGUGGCUGCAUUUUGUAUGAACGGGCCCUCUGUCUCUCGUCCAUCUCCUCCUCGUCAUCGUCGUGGCCCUCAUUGGUCAACAGCAGCGGCUGCGGCCAUGGAUGUGGAGAUGUGAUGGGGUGUAAUGUGCGUCGAUGUGCCGUUGCCUCGCAUGACGACGAUGAUGGUGGUGUGUGGUGGAUCCCUCAUGACACGAGCAGGGCGAUACACGCACACACACAAAUGUGCCAGAGAAGAAGACACGAGGUGAGACGCUGCCGCUGUGUGUGUGUGUGUGUGUGCGGGCAGGCUAGCUCGCUGCUGCUGGUGUGCUGCUGUGAUGAAGGCCGUGCGUGUGCAUGUGCUGUGCGCCGUGUUCCGGGCUGCACUGAAGAAGACAAGGAAGGACACGGCCCCGAUGACGAUGGUGGCCGUGGCAUGUGA